UAAAGACAGACUAAUUUUCCCAGGCAGCAUGAUUCUGUACCUUUGUCUCCCUCUUCUGGCUGGACUCCUGCAGCCGAUUCUCUGCCAGUACAACUGUUCCACAGAGUAUGAAAGGACUCCUGAGAACUCAGACCUGUCAGUUGACUGUGGCACUACCAUCAUCUCCCUGGAGAUCAACUACUGCACAGCCAAGUGGUCGGGCUUCAACUAUACAAAUCUUGCACUGAAUGGGAAGCACAACACUACAGAGUGCCAAGGCUCUCUGGACACCAGUGUGAACCCACCAGUGAUUCGUUUCCAGCUUCCUAUUAACCAAAGUCAGGAUAACCCAUGCCGUCACUCCCUGCAGAUUGCUGAUGAAGCCCCAGAUCCCACAGGUCCCUUCAGCCAGUUCCUAAGUGUCCAGUCAGUUAUCAUCACCAGCUUCAUCGACACACCUCGGUCUGACCAAGGGGUGAUCAGCUACUCCACGGACCUUUACUACCACUUCUCCUGCCGCUACCCAUUGGAGUACCUGAUCAACAACACAGAGAUUGUAGCCUCCUCUGUGUCAGUGGCAACCAGCGACAAUAAUGGAACCUUUAUUAAAAAUCUGAAAAUGGGUGUUUAUAAUGACUCCAGUUUUGCUUUUCCAUUAAUGAUGCCCUCAACAGGUCUUGAACUGCGAACUACUGUCUAUGUAGAAGUUAAGGCUAUUAACCUGACAGGAAAUUUCCAUGUACUGCUGGAUCACUGCUUUGGGACUCCCACUGCUUACAACAUGACAAACACAGAACAGCACAACUUCUUUACUGGCUGCUCAGUGGACCAAAGGACUGUUGUGCUGAGAAAUGGGCUCUCCACAGUGGCCCGGUUCAACUUUGAGGCCUUCCGCUUUGUUCAGCACCGUAACCAGGCAAAAUCCAGCUUGUAUCUGCACUGCAUACUGAGACUGUGUGAGCCUGACCAAUGCCAGUCUAUCCUGGCUGCCUGUAAUAACAGAAAAAGAAGAUCUGUGACUCCAUUUGGAGAGGAAAGCAGUGAAUCUGCCACAAUUUCAGUAGGACCUCUGUACACAUCAGCAGAAGAAAGGCCAUUUGCAUCUGCCUACAGUAAUAACGGAGCAUCUGGAGAGAGUGACGUGGAUGUGACGGGUCUGGUUGUGGGGGUGGUGUUGGGAUCUGGUGCUGCUGUCCUGCUGGUUCUUGGGGGCUGGUUCGUUCUCAAGAAGUUUUACUGGACGGGAGGAUUAGCCCACACUUUUGACUGACAGACCUUGUUACAUAUAUUCACAUAAUGCAUUGAUUUUACUGGCCGGGUGACUAUUUAUAUGUCGUGUAUUAUGCUUCUUGACUUUUUCCAUCUAUACACUUUGUCCUUGUAUUUAGGUAACAUUCAUAUGUUGAGAAGGAACAGUUUGUUUAUUUUAUGACUGUGUAUAUUUGCUUUAAUAUCUUUUCCCUUCACAGUCAGAUUGUCUGCCCACUCAGCUUUUAGUGGCUUUGGGUAUCCUGUACAGAAUAUUAGUAGCAUUUCCAUACAGGAAAAAGCUUAAAACACAUUUCUAGCACAAUGGAAUUUGGGGAACAAGUCAGACCUGCUG